GAGUUAAUGUUUGAACCUGGCCAUAAAGAAAUCGACAACCACUGACCUAUGGCCUAUAUUUGAGGAGGAAGAAGCCCCUUAUAAAAUAGCCAACAGUGGGUGGCAUGGGAGGCAGAGCUGCUGUGGUCAGCUGUGGAAAGGGAGUCUCAUCGCCACCAUGAACUUCACCGGCAAGUACCAACUGCAGAGCCAAGAGAACUUUGAGCCCUUCAUGAAGGCAAUGGGUCUGCCUGAUGACCUCAUCCAGAAGGGGAGGGACAUCAAGGGGAUAUCAGAAAUCGUGCAUAAUGGGAAACAUGUCAAACUCACCCUCACCUACGGCCCCAAAGUGGUCCACAACGAGUUCACCCUGGGGGAGGAGUGCGAGCUGGAGACCAUGAGUGGAGAAAAGGUCAAGGCAGUGGUGAAGAUGGAAGGUGACAAUAAGAUGGUGACAAGCUUCAAAGGCAUGAAGUCCGUGACGGAACUCAACGGUGACACAAUCACCAAUACCAUGACACUGGGCGACAUUGUCUACAAGAGAGUCAGCAAGAGAAUUUAGAAAAGGCUGCGUUUCCUAUUCUUUUACAGUGUAAAAUUUAUGCAAUAAAGUUACCUUUGUUUUG